ACUUCUCCCCAACUUCUCCCCAUACUCCAUCUCAACAGCAUUCUCCUCCAGCACUAGGUCCAACAGUCUUCUGAAAGGCUGGUCGUCAUAGCAUACAGGAGAGCAAGCAAAAGAAGGCAAUAAAGUUUUGGAAAGAAAAGAGUCCAGAGCCACUGGACAACGUGUUUUACGCCCAGCGCUAGACGAUUACAGUCGUCUUCGGAGAUCUCUUACCGAGGGCCCUGAGGAAGUAUGGCGAACCCAUUCCCAGGAUGGGGAAAUUCAGGUCGUGAUUUGGGCGCCGAGCAUAUGCCUCCAGGUAUUGAACUCACAAGAGGAGGUGUACCAGUAGGAAUUGGUGGAGGAGGGAGAAUUCCACCCCCAAUGGGUGCUUCAGGACCGGGUGCUAUAACGUAUAAUGCCUUUCCUGGGCAUACUGGCGCCUUCACGGCACCUACACACCCUACCACACUGCCAGCUCAAGGAUGGACAUACGGUCAAUACGCUCCUUCUCCCCAUUUUCCUCAUCCGACGCCAGCGAGCGCUCCUGCGUGGCAACUCCAAGCCUCACCAAACAGAAAUCCAGGUGCUCCAGAUGGGUUUUCCAGCACAGUGUGGCAACCUCCUGAGCGAAGAAGAACCGAAGGGAAUGGAUGGCUGGGCGAAGCUGACGCUCAUUCGAGAUGGAACACGCACAGAAGAAACGUUGAUCCUCGGGGAGAGGAUGACGAUAAUCGCGGGUGGGACGAUUCAGGUCGAUCUGGCGAUGACUGGGGUCGUCAACAUGCAGGACAAGAUUCUGCAGAUCUGGGAUGGGGGAGUAGUUGGGAUGAUGAGGCUAGAAGAGGUAGAAGAGAUAGGAGAGACACAUGGGCUGGAAGAGACGCCAGAGAUUGGCAGCACCGUCUUAAGCGACAGGGUUGGGGCGAUGAUGAUCUUGACGAAGAAGAUAACGAAAACGACGAUAACCUCGAGUGGGGUCACGACCCCGAGCAUGGAACAAGAAACGGAGGAGGCAAUAGUUGGUUUGACAACGCUCACCGUUCGCGAUCAAACGGCCCAGCGAACCGGCCCCAAGUGCCACCAGUGAGCAGGGACUGGGCAAAUGACAUGGAUGCCAUUCCUGAUUGGCAUCGAGAGGCACAUUUUGGAGCUACUAAUGGUCAAGAGUUUGACGAAGAAGAUAUUGAAGAUGAGAGACAUGCAAGGGAGGUCGAGGAUCGCAUGCGAGCACCUACUCCCAUAAGGAACAAACAUCGUUCAAAAUCGAGGAAACGAGAGACUGGUUAUGGUUUGCAUCAGGACCCAGAGCGCUGGGGACAACAAGGACUCGAUGGAUGGGGACAACGGGGGCUCGAAGGGCAGGGACAACAGGGACUCGAUGGUUGGGGAGAGCAAGGUGUGAAUGGUUGGGGCAGAGAGAGAGGCCCAGAAGAUCGGGCGAGGGAUGUUGAGGUCCAACGCUUACGCGCCAGAGAUCGAGAAGAGCGUCUUCACCGAGAGCAACGUGAACAUGGUCGACAGCGGAAACCUAGGGGAAACCUCGGUUGGGGCGACACCGAUGAGGAUCCUCACAGAGGCGGUGGUGGUGGAACGGAUUGGGACUUCGUGGAUGCCAUGGGCGGUUUAUCGAUAAAUGGUCGUCGUACUCCUCAUCCUAGCACGCCGCAUCAAGCUGGUGCCCUUACCCUAGCACACAAGAAGUACAAAAAGCGUUCACGUUCUGUUUCUGCUCAUCGAAAUCCUCUCUUCGACGGUUACCACGUUACCUACGAACAGCACAAAUCCCGUAAUGGCCUCUUCGGGGGACCGAGGGAGGAAGACUUACCCUUCCGCCCAAAUACGUGGCGUGAAGGCUACAGCGUAAGAAGCGGCGGAGGUGGAGUUGGAAAAGGGUGGCUUGGGAUGGGUGCGCGAAGGGGUAGCGAGGUGAAAGAGAUCAAUGACACGGUCAGAAGAACACUCCACCCGCAUCUUUCUUUCACGCCAGGUACCUCUGCAUCUGGAAUAUUCUCACCCUACUCCCCGAAUUCAGGCCCAGUUCCUCCACCGAUAUCGCUCGACCUGCGUAUAUUACCUUCCCUUCCUUAUUCACUCAAGUCGUUCCUUCCAUCUCUUCAUCUUCUUGAACUACCUCGAAGCCCCAAUACAACACCAACUCACGUUGACUUGAUGCAAUAUGCUACCCAUCCACCAACAACGCAAAUGCGCAUGUUCCACCGGCGGCUGCCAUGGUACAUUGAUGUCGUUGCCGGCACGAGUGGUAUGAAUCCAGGCGGCAGAGGAGGAUAUGUGACAGUAUGGGACGUUAUCGUGGGUUUAUACGUCAACCUCGUUGGAGGAGAAAGUACUGGAGGAGAGAGUCAAGUCAGAGCGGAAGAGUAUUGGUCUGGGGAAAUGGGCGAUCAUGUGGACGUGACUCCUCCUCCCGUAUCUGGUCCUUUACCUGGUUCGACUCCGCUUCUUGGGUCGAAUCUAGGGAUGGGAAGGAAGGCGAAAAGGAGUGCGCGAGAGCAAGUUAGCAUGAGUUGGAGGUUGAGAGGUCAGCUUGCGAGUCAGAUCAAGUAUGCGUUGGUGAUGACACAGAGCGGUAUGGAUGAUGUCGCUCAAGCUGAAGCGGUCAAAGCGGAACAGGUUGAACUACAGAGAGGUGUGAGAAGGGUUGAUUGGUUGUCGGUGGGGGCCUAUGUCGGAGCGGGUGGUGAGGGUGGUAGAAGUGAUGCGAGAGCAUUUAGAUGGCUGGGAUUGAGAAAGGCGAAACGAGGGAUGUGGGAGAUUGUGACCGAGGUUUGAACGCGAAAAUGUGAGAAUACACAGCCUCGUUUUCUCAAAGCCGUCUUUCGUUUUUCUUUCGCUCUCGUAUAACGCUCAUCCAUAAGUCUUUUCUGUAUUCAUGCUUUCCGUCAUCUUUUUCGCUCUCAGGAACCAGUGUUUCCGUGAACCUAUCUGCAUAACUUGUACAUAACUUAUACAUUUUCUGUGUAUGUAUCGUUGAA